GGAGUGGUGGAAGGGCUGGACGGUUGACUGUGAAAGGGGCGGUGAGCGCGCUGCUCCGGUCUCAAGGCGAGGUUUGGCCUCCCCAGCAGAGACGGGGCGAAGCGGCGGCGGCGGCCCUCGGGCCGGCUAGUGAGGCGAUGGCGGCCCCGGCCCCUGGGGCUGGAGCAGCCUCGGGCGGCGCUGGCUGUAGCAGUGGCGGCGGCGGCGGCGCAAGCUCCGGCUCGGGCUCUGGGUCCGCGGGGGCCGGGGGCCGGCUGCCCAGCCGGGUGCUGGAGUUGGUGUUCUCCUACCUGGAGCUGUCCGAGCUGCGGAGCUGCGCCCUGGUUUGCAAGCACUGGUACCGCUGCCUGCACGGCGAUGAGAAUAGCGAGGUGUGGCGGAGCCUGUGUGCCCGCAGCCUGGCAGAAGAGGCUCUGCGCACGGACAUCCUCUGCAACCUGCCCAGCUACAAGGCCAAGGUACGUGCUUUCCAGCAUGCCUUCAGCACUAAUGACUGCUCCAGGAAUGUCUACAUUAAGAAGAAUGGCUUUACUUUACAUCGAAACCCCAUUGCUCAAAGCACUGAUGGUGCAAGGACCAAGAUUGGUUUCAGUGAGGGCCGCCAUGCAUGGGAAGUAUGGUGGGAGGGCCCUCUAGGCACUGUGGCAGUGAUUGGAAUUGCCACAAAACGGGCUCCCAUGCAGUGCCAAGGUUACGUGGCAUUGCUGGGCAGUGAUGACCAGAGCUGGGGCUGGAAUCUGGUGGACAAUAAUCUACUUCAUAAUGGAGAAGUCAAUGGCAGUUUUCCACAGUGCAACAAUGCACCAAAAUAUCAGAUAGGAGAAAGAAUUCGAGUCAUCUUGGACAUGGAAGAUAAGACUUUAGCCUUUGAACGUGGAUAUGAGUUCCUGGGGGUUGCCUUUAGAGGGCUUCCCAAGGCCUGCUUGUAUCCAGCAGUUUCCGCUGUAUAUGGCAACACAGAAGUGACUUUGGUUUACCUUGGAAAACCUUUGGAUGGAUGACAGUGGCUUUCUUGGGAUGAAAGACAGUAGAGGAGAUAUCUUCUUGUGGAAAGUAGAAUCAUGAAGUGACAGUGUCAUACAUGCAUGCCCAAGAAACAUCCUGAAAACAUGAAAUUGUUAACUGGAGAAGCAACUCUACAGCAGAGAUUAUCUUAGUGUUUCCUCUUUCUACUGGGCCAGAAAAAUCCUCAGGGUUGCAGUUGGUUGAGUGGGCAGUUGACAUAUGCAUGUUGCAACAGAUUUUGUCUGUAAGUUAGCAAUGUGUUAUUUCCAACUUUUAAGGUGAGAAUUUAGAGAUGCUGUAAAAGGAAUAAGAUAAGGAAAUAGCAAGAUUUUUAAGUAGUGUGUUUGUGAAGAAAGACUGAUCCUGUUUUACAACUGCCUGUUUUUUCUCCAGACCCCUUUUUUCCAGCCAGCUUGACUAUCAGAAAUGUAUGAAACUGGUUGGGUUUUAUUUAAUAUUUUUAAUAUAUUGAGAAGCAUGGUCUGCUUGGACUGCACUUCUCUAACAGUGAGAUGUAAAAUUGUGCAGCUAUUUUAAAAGUUGUAUAUACAAAUAUGUGUGUAAAAACAACUGUAAAAAAAAAACAAAAACAGGACAAAGGGGUUGCUUUGUUCUAGUCCAAUUUCUUAAAAACCACUACAUGGUACAAAAUUAAAAUAACAUUUAGAGACAAUUAGGUAACUACAAAGAAGAGGAUUUUAAGAGGAGAUAUGUUGUAUUGGCUUAUUUUAUAUUUAGUUUACAGUUUCCAUAGCUAUUAUAGUCUGUUUUUCUUAAAAAAAUGAUCAAAAUUAUUGUAAAAAUCCUUUAAUCUCCUGGCUAAAGAUUGAGGGAAGGCAAAUUUAUUUUUAAUCAUACGUAUAUCAGUAAUAAUAAUGAUGUGCAUCUUGUAUCUGGUUUUAUUUUUUGGCCUUCUGAGAAAAUGUCUCAUGACAACACAGACAUUGCCAUUUGCUUUUAUAGGCCUCAAAUAUGAAAGCUGUUACUCACAGACCUUAGGAAAAGAAUCAAUUAAUGGUCCUUUUAUUUUAUAACUUUAUAAUGUAGAUAUUAUAAUUUUUUAAAUUUUAAUAUUGUUUACAUCAUGCAACAAUCUAAGCCUCAGACUCUUCAUUGGGGUUAUCAAGAAAAUGUUUACUCACCCACCAGGAACAGUGCCAACCUGAACUCAGGUUAAGAAUGUUCUUAAUCUCAGUAUAUAUAAUUGCCCCCAUGGGACUUGGAAUAAAACACCUUGUGCUGAAAACUUCAGGUUGGCAAUAUUUUGAAGGUUUCAUUGUAGAAGAGUUUAACAUUAAUUCCUAUUCUGAAUUUUUGACUAAUAAAUUUGAUUUCACUAUUACUCCUUUGAAUUAAUAAUCCAACAUACAUGAGCUGAGAUUUUCUUUUGUUAGAAGAGAAACAAACAUCUUUCUGUAUGAAAGUAUAAAUUGUAUGGUGUCAGAUACAUCUUUGUGAUAAAUACUGACUAAGGCAAGUGGAAUCUUUGUACUUUUUAGGUUAUUGCUGUAUGUAUAUUUUGUCUUUAAUAAAAUUAGGGACAGCAAGCAGCUGACUGGGGUUCUUGGGCUGCUCUUUAAGAGUUAGGAUUAUCAAUACUCCUAUGAAGCAGGGGAUUUGAAUCAUGAACAAAGAUUUAUUUUUGCCACCUGACAGGUUUACAUAUAUUUAUUAUGUAUUUGUUAUGUUGCUUAAAGAUGAAAUUUGUUAAAGAUUCUUUUCGACAUCUAUGUCAAGAAGAAACUCCUGGAAACCAUAUUUAAUAGUACAUAGUGAAAUUAUAUGUUACAUGUAUUAGAGACUAUAGCUGCUACAGAAAUUGAUUUUUCUUGACUCAAUUUGACAAAGUUUAAAAAAGAACUGGUUCAAGAUGAAGAUUGAGCUAGUUAGAAAACUAUAAAGACCUUUAAAUACUUGUUUCUUUUUUAGAUUGUGGUACAGCCAAUUCCAAGAACUUUUGCUCAGAGUUUUGUUUAUAACGUUUUGCCUUGUUAGUAGACAUUCAUUUUGUAACAAAGUUUUGAAGGUGCUGAGUGGAAAACAGAAACACAUGGUUAUUGCAUAUUGAACCUAGAAUCAAAUAAUUGCCUAAAUAUUUAACAAGCUAUUUUUAAAGAUUUAGAUUCUCUAAUAUCCCAUUUGCUAACAUUAUAAAAUUGGAGGUUCAUAUUUAGCACGAACAUUAGGGGAAUGAAGAGCCUUCAUUUAUAACCUGAUAAAUGAAUUUGUUAGUGGAGACCAAUAGUAGCUAUACAGAAUAUUAAAGCAAAUUGCUACAAUGUGCAAGGAAAUGGAAUCUCUUUUUUAUUGGUGCUGAGAGAGCUUUUAGGUAGAAGACUGUUGCACCUGAAGAUUGAGUAUAAAUCAUCAAAAUCAGUAGUUAACCUUAGCUGUACUUUGGAGUCAUGCGCAUUUUGAAAAAUAUUGAUACUUGGGUUCUAUACCCUAAAAUUCUGAUAUUGGUCUGGAAUAAGACAUGACAAUAAGGAUUAAAAAAAAAACUUCCUAGAUGAUUUUCAAUAUGCUGCCAAGGUUGAGUUAAAAAUUCACCUUAAGUUUUCUCAUCUGCGAAAUUAAAAAAAAAAAUCCUUGCUCCCUCCCUUCACUACCUCACAAGGUUAUUGAGAGUAGAGAAAAUAAUGCGAAGGUGCUUGUGAGAUGGAUAAAAAGUGCUAGUGAAAGGCAAAGUAGUGUAUUUCAGCUGAAACUGUAAGCAGGAAAAAUGUAUAAUUGAAUUUGCUUUGUUGACAUGAGAAGCCGGGAGCACUCCCUUAGGUUCUUAACUUUCGUGAAGCAUGAGAUGUGUAAAGCAAACAUUACUAUUACUCCCAUUCAUACUGUAGUAUUCUGUCAUACUUGAGAUAGGCUGUUCUAAUUAUCUGGUUUUACAUAGGAAAGAAGAAAUAUUAAAGGCUUAAAGUCUGUAAUGAUCAAUGGUUCAUAAUUCAUUAAAACAUUUCAUACAAAGA